CGAACACCGUUUUAUUUUCUCAAGCAAGUCGAAAUAGAAACCUCUUUUUCGAAGCCCCGACCAGCUCUUGCAAGUAAAAAUUCCCGCCAUGGAAAUCGCCGACGCCUCGGAGAACGGUUCGGCAAAGACCCAGGCACCGAACAACACGGCUAUAGUAGCCGACCCAUCAGCCGUAAGCCCUUCAGAAACGACCGCUAAUAACCCAGCAGUAGAGAAGUGGCCCGGCUGGCCGGGUCACUGCGUUUUUCGGCUCAUCGUGCCGGUUUCUAAAGUGGGCAGCAUAAUUGGCCGUAAAGGCGAGCUUAUCAAGAAGAUGUGCGAGGAAACCCGGGCCCGUAUCCGCGUACUUGAUGGUGCUGUUGGAACUCCCGAUCGAAUUGUACUAGUAUCUGGAAAGGAAGCACCAGAGGCGCCUCUUUCGCCUGCAAUGGAUGCUGCUAUAAGAGUUUUUAAACGUGUCUCUGGAUUGCCGGACAACGAUGGGGAUGCUAAAGCAGCUGGAGCUGCAUUUUGUUCGAUCCGGUUGUUGGUAGCUUCUACGCAAGCAAUCAGUUUAAUCGGAAAGCAAGGCUCCUUAAUUAAGUCAUUACAAGAGAGCACCGGUGCAUCUGUGAAGGUGUUGUCAACAGAUGAAACACCAUCUUAUGUGGUAGCAGAUGAGAGGAUUGCGGAGUUGCAGGGGGAAGCCCUGAAGGUUCUUAAAGCUCUUGAAGCAGUGGUGGGGCACCUGAGGAAAUUUUUGGUUGAUCACACUGUUCUUCCUCUUUUUGAAAAGACCCAUAAUACGGUUGUCACUCAAGAUCUCCAAGCAGAGACAAGGGCUGAAAAGUCAUCUCUGCUUACCGUUUCUCAAAGUGGAAUCGGAAUUGAUCUUCCUAUUACAGCAAGGAGAGACUCUUUAUUCCUUGAUCAUGAAAAACAGUUCGAGUCACGAAUCCCAUCUGGAAUUUCAUUCUAUGGACAGGAUCCUGCACUUCCGACAGUACAUUCUAGUUCAGGCCUUCUUCGAACCGCUGUUCCUAUAGUUACUCAGAUUGCUCAAACCAUGCAAAUACCAUUUUCUUAUGCUGAGGACAUUAUUGGGAUUGGAGGAGUUAAUAUUGCACACAUUCGUCGCACUAGUGGAGCCGUCAUAACCGUGCAAGAAAGUGGGGGCCUAUCUGAUGAAAUAACGGUUGAAAUUAAAGGCACCUCAUCUCAGGUUCAGUUGGCUCAACAACUUAUUCAAGAAUUUAUGAGCAAUCACAAGGAUCCGGUUAUGAGCAGCGGUUACAGAGACACGAGCUAUAGGUCCUCGUUUUCGCAGUUAGGCAGCUCAUCUGCACUUUCAUCCCAACCCUAUGGUGGAUAUGGGGGAUCUUCAAGUGAAAUCAAAACUUAAAACUUUCAGAUCAGCUCCUAUCAUGUGUGAUGCUGCCAUGGCUUCAGGUUUCACUUAAGAAAUUUGUGGGAUUUCGCCCUUAAGAUAUUAACGCCCCCAUCGGCGGAUAAACCCGAGAUCGCACCAUCCCUCAAAUGUCAAUCUCCCGACUCCGAGCCAUUUGAAUAUGUUGCAGCUUGUUGAAUAUGUCGGUUUUAUUAAGCUAAUGAAUCCGACAGGAAAAUGGGUUUAAGAUUUAUAGUUUAGGAUUUUGAUGGAACUUGAGUUGUUUAAGUGAGAAGCAAAUAUGGGUGUUAUCUGAAAGAUAAAUUACCAAAGCUGAAUGACUAGACAUGAGGAUGGGUGUAAGAAAGAGCAUAAUUGUAGAUCUAUCCAAGAGUAGACCGUGAAUUAAAAUCUUGAAAAUAUUUGAGUCACGGUUCGAUCUCAUUCGGGAAUAAUGAUUUGUUAAUUAUGAAUGAAGGAUGAGUUUUUUUUCUUUCAA